AUGCAGGCUACUGCAGUGGUGGAAACAGCAUCUGGUAAAGGGUACCACAAUGAUGGAAGGAACUUCCAGAAAGAUGAAAAUUCCAGUCCCAAGAAAGAAAAUCUCUUAUGUUCCAAUCACUGUAAUGAAGCCACGUUGACUUUUCUGCAGGCUUCCUUGGUGCUGGAACAGAGAGCAAAUGGCAAAGAAAGCAGAGGUGCUGACGAGACAGAUGGGCCGCAGCCCCCUUUGACCGUGAGCCUGGGUGCGAGCUCAGAGAGCGCCCACUCUCAGUGGAGCGAGUCUGAGGACAGUAUUGACCGCUCUUUCCUGAAUAAGACAUACUUUAUACAUUAUUCAGAGUCCAAACUAGAGAAUGAAAAUCUUCCUGUAAACUCAGAAUUCGAUUCCGAUAUGCAGAGAGGAGAGGAGGUAUUUUUUGAUAUUUUGGAGCAUCAAGGCGAUACGGCCAUUGAUUUGGAGGCAGUCUGCGUGGCCUCCAACGAGCAGCGCACAGGGUGUGACACAGGCGCAUGCUGCAGCGGCCUGGCCGAGGACUCACAGCUUGAGUAUCACAGCGCCGAGGAGCAGGAGCCUGGAAGCAGCCGUCUGUCGCUUGAGCAGACACCGGUGAUGAGCAGCGCCAGCCUGGGAGUUGGGAGGGUGACAGGUUCAGGUUGUGAGGCCGAGUGUGCUGGCAAGCCGGAGCGCCGUCGCCUGGCAGCAGGGUGUCAUUGGGGCGACCCCUCCGAUUCACUUGAUGUUUGUGGCCAGGGAGAUUCACCGCCUGCCUCCAAGUCUCAGAGUUCUGUCAUGUUAAGGGAGCACCAUGAGUCCAAGCAUGGGAAGUGUGAAGAACAGGAGACUAGUUUAAUGUACCAUACAGGGCUUGAGGAAGUUGUACUGAGGAGCAGUCCUCUUGGAAACCAGAAAUCUCAACCCAAGAGUAAUUUUUUAAGCCCCCCAAAAUCAUUAAAAACUAAAAUUCAUACUGACAGACUGAAGCUCCAAGUAACCGGAAGUAGAGAGUUCUGUGGAAAUGUAGUUGGUGACAGCAAAAUGCUGCGGGGCUGUGAGAGCCCUCGCGUGUCGCCCCAGGACAGAACCUUGAGUCCACCACCCCGACCCUGUAGAGGCUGUCAGGCAGCCUGCACCUCUCCUGCUGAGGAUGUGGUGCUCUCUGCCAGUGGCUGUUCACGCUAUGAAAACCUCCGGAACACCCCUGACCCAGCCUCAGAUUUCUCCGGUGCUAGAGCAAGCAUCGCAGUCAGAGGUGAUCAGACAGCAGCAGGCGGGAACUCCCUGAGAGGGGCCAACGGCAGCACCCAGGAUGAAGCUUGGCUUCAGAGCACGGACGGGGUGCAUCCGGCAGUGGGGACAGAGGCGGCAGGCAGCGUGGUCACGGUGGUGCAGACUGUGGACGCUAGUGUGGACUUCAGGGCCUGCUUCACAACCGAUGGAGCCACGAGCAGGAGACCCCCUGUGGUUUCCACGGCGAGCAACACUGAGCUCACCGUGAUGUGUAGGAAGCCGCCUGGGGAGUGGCAGAGAGAGAGACACAGGAGUGUGGCCUGUAACACAGAUGGGUCGCUGGGUCUGGAUGACAGAGACUCGCCAACAGCUGUGACACAGAGACCCCCGGCAGUGCUGCGCUCAGCCGACAGAGAGAAGCCGGAUGGAAACCUGUCUAAGGUAAAACCCGUGACGGUCACUACUGAGAGUUUAUUUGACUUCAUGAAGAACAAGGAAUGCCAGCUGGCCCGCGAGGGGGCGAGGAGCCGGCCGCCGAGCUGCUGCUGCGAGAGGGCAGCGCAGAGGGCGGCCGCGGCGGAGCUGCAGCUGCUGGACGCGCGCCACCAGCUGUGCCGCCGCCACUGCGCAGACAUUUACGCGCUCGUCGUGGGAGACGGGGAGGGCGCGCAGAGGAAUUUAUCAAGGCACACUGCUAAGAAGGAAUUAGGAUCAGCACUACUGUCUGUUUUGGGAGAUUUAAAAGUUAGAUACAUGAGCUUGAAAGAAAAAAUAAACCGGGGCAUACCCCUGGAAGAGCUGCCACCCCUGUCUGUAGAGUCAAAGCUGCUCUCUGCUUUCUCUGCUUUUAUAUCCAGGCUCCUAAAGGAAGACUCAAGUGUCUUUUCAGGGGCAGAUUCUGAACUGGAUAAUCAAAGUACCAGUGAUGCUGACAUUUCUUCGAGCCUGAAAAAGGUUCUGUCUCAAGUGUCCUCGCCGUCUGACGGUGCUCACGCUGCACAGCAUGCCCCGCCGGAGGGCGGGGGGCUAGAAGGCGGCCACGGAAAUGUGGACCUGAGUCAGCUGGGCCUCGACAGUAAAGAGUGUAAGACCUGUGGAGAUGUGAGUGAAGACUGGUUUGAUGCGCAGGAGAACCUGACCGGGGCCGACCUCACAGGAACCCUGGCAGACCCGGUGGGGCAGGAUGGAGGAGGCCCGGGGCCUGCACUCGAAAUGAAGACUGCUGACCCCUUACGCAGAGAGAAAGGGCACUUGAUACAUGUGGGUGGCCUCCGCCCUUCAGUGUCUGAGGCUGACUUAAGGUCUCAUUUCCAGAAAUACCAUGUUUCUGAAAUUGCCAUUUACGGUUCUUCUACUAACUACAGGUAUGCAUCCCUUGCUUUUAGAAACAGCAGUGAUGCAAAGGUGGCUGUGAAAGAAAUGAACGGAAUGGAAAUAAAUGGCAAAGCAGUAAACGUGCGGCUUGUCAAGUCUCCUGGCGAAUACGCAGCACCCCUCCCCUCCAGAAGUGGAAAUCGAGUUGGCUUGAAUAACACGGAGAAAGCCGCCAGCAAAGAAACCAGCUCAGCACCCCCUGUUUCCAGAGCGCCCAGAACUCGGCCACGGCAUCUGGGCGCCGGACAAGACAGUGAGCUGUUCCCUUCCAACCAGGGUGUCAAGAAGAAUUGUAAACAGAUCGAAUCUACCAAGCUGUUGCCCGAUAUACCAGUUCAGUUCAUCCCUCCGAACACACUGAAUCUGCGCAGUUUUACCAAGAUCAUGAAGAGGCUGACGGAACUGCACCCCGAAGCGAGCAGAGAUCGUAUCAUCGACGCUCUGCAGGAAGUACGAGUGGGCCAUACAGGCUUCCUGAACGGCUUGUCUAUUAGCACUAUCGUGGAGAUGACUUCGUCUGUGUUGAAAAACUCUGCUUCCAGCUAGGGAUAGAUGAAUCAGCAGAGCUGUGGGGUUCCCUGGACAGCGUGCGUUCCGCCCGCAGU